UCCAUUUCAGAACACAAUCAAACUUCCAGUCCCAAACCCUAUGUCAAGGAAAGUACUAGUCGUGUCGCACCUGGAAGCUUGGCGGCCGCCACGGUCGACUCACGCAAGGCCGCCGUCCUUCAGGGUGUAAUGGGUGAAACUGGUUCUCGUAGUGUUGUUGUCGCCGUGGACAAGGUCUUCUCCGGCUCUAUUCGUCUCGAUGGUGAUGCCAUUGUGGAUUUUGUGAAAGCGCUAUGCCAGGUGUCUCUGGAAGAACUAGCUCUGCCUCAUCCGCGCACAUUCAGUCUUCAAAAAGUGGUGGAAAUUUCCUACUACAAUAUGGGCCGAAUCCGGUUGCAGUGGUCUCGCGUCUGGGAACACAUUGGCCAACACUUUACUACCGCCGGACGGUCCUCCAACGAGGACGUGGCCGUCUUCGCAGUUGACUCUCUCCGCCAGCUGUCUGUCAAGCUGAUUGAGAAGGGUGAACUGCCGAAUUUCCACUUUCAGAAGGAGUUCCUUCGGCCCUUCCUGAGCAUCCUGGACGAUAUAAACACAGUUAGCCCCAACAUACAGGACAUGGUUGUGCGCUGCGUAGCCCAACUAAUCCAAUCCCAGUGGGCAAACAUCCGUUCCGGAUGGGCGAAUAUCUUCCUUGUGCUCAAUUUGGCGGCCUCUUCUACAGAAUCUGGUGUCGUGGAAUUGGCCUUUGAUUCGUGCAAUUUCAUCAUCAAUACAGUCUUUCCCAACAACUUCUACCUCCUGGUGGACUCCUUCCCGGUUAGUUGA